AUGCCUCACCUCGACCCAGACGGCGGAAUCAUUCCGACAGUCUAUCCACACGAUGAGGACAAUCCGGAGGACCCGCACGGCUUCCGCCCGUUUCGCCGCUACAUUAAUCGAUCAGAAAGUGUACCAAUGCAGUAUGAUCGCUCCAGUGCUAGGCUCAUUCCAUUUUUGUGGCCGGUCUACGAAGACAAUCAGCGCGUUCCUCCUCAACAGUUCGCUGAAUAUCGCCGUACGCACCAAUUUCGGAAUCCUGGCUGCAUGUGUGCUUCGUUGGACACAAGCACCACAGCCUAUACUGAGACAGUCGUCACGACCUUCACGAUCAACCGCGGCCUUAACAACCUAUGGGUAGCUCGCUGCUCAACCGGGAUGUGCAAAUACUUCCUCUAUUUAGAGAAAUAUUAUGUCCUACGGGAUCUUCAGGUCAAGAACUAUCCUUGCAGAGAUGUGAUCACCGAAGUCGAUAUACUCCCUGAACGAACAAGAGAUGGGGUGAAGGCAGUACAAAAUCAAGAAGGCCCGCGUCCGGUGGUGGCAGUACCAACGACGGCUCCCGCAACGGCGGACCCAACAAACGGCGCCGUAAACUGCAGCGUGAACGGCAGCGAAACGUCGAUACUUAGCGACACCUUCGAUCAUCGAAACGCAUCUGCCCGUUUCAUGAAGUUGAACUGUCAGGAUGACCCCGGUCUAUCUGAAGAAGAAUUUCACGCCAUUACCAUGAAUGCUCGCCUUGAUGAGCAGAGAUCGAGACAAGCUCUGACGCUUUAA